AGCGAACGAGCAGGGUGUGUGUGCAUCUGUCGGCCCCUUGCUUAUGUGAAGACUCCACUAACCCGCUCGUGUGUGUGUGUGUGUGUGUGCGUGUGUGUGUGUACCUGGCGGGAGCAUGUGCGUGCGGGCGUGUGCGAGGGUCAGGGUCAAGUAGAGGUGUGGAGGAGGACUGUGUGACCUCCUGUUGACUUGACCUCAUGUUGCACGGCGUGGCGAGGUCAUCCUGGGUCACCGAAGAGCCUUGAGACGCGCAAUGUUUCUCACGUGUGGGCGGGCCGCGCGGUGAGGCCGCCCAGCAUGGCGCGGCUGUGUGUGGCCGCCGCGGUGCUGGCGGUGGUGGGGGCGGCGGGCGGGGGCGGGCGGGGCGCCGCGGGGGAGCUGGUGACGAGCACCGCCUGCCCCACCUGGGAGGAGAACCCGUGGUGCCCCUGCUACCACUUCGAUGACGGCGUGUUCCUGGAGUGCCCCAUGGUGUCUCUGCCCACGGUGGGCAAGGUGUUGGGCCUCGUGCGCCGCUCCGUCAAGUCGCUCAGCAUCUACGACCUCGACACCAACGUGACGGCGCUGCCCUCCGGCGUGUUCAGCCAGAGCGCCGGAGUCACCAGCCUGCAGAUCUCACAGUCCAGCCUGCAGGACAUCGCCGAGGGCAGCUUCCGCGGGCUGGAGGACUCCCUGCAGAGCCUGACCAUCAUGCACAGCCGCCUCAAGAACGUGCCCCAGGCGGCGCUGCAGCGGCACUCGCGCCUGCGCGCGCUAGACCUUGAGGCGAACAACAUCACGGAGCUGCAGAGCUACAGCUUCUUCAACAUGCACCUCGUGACGCUCAACCUGAAGGGCAACGGCAUCAAGCUGAUCUCUGAGUACGCCUUCGACGGGCUGGAGGAGAGCCUCGAGGAGCUGAACCUGAUGAACAACAAGCUCAAGCAGCUGCCCAUCCCGGCGCUGCGGCGCCUGGCCAAGCUGCACACGCUCAAGGCGACCUACAACACCAUCUCGGACGUGGCCAGCGACGGCUACUCGCGGCUGCCGGCGCUGCGCGUCCUGGACCUCAGCAGCAACCGCUUCACGGAGCUGAGCAGCGAGACGCUGGCCACCAUGCCGGCCCUCGUCUCGCUGCUCCUCUACAUGAACGAGAUCGGCCACAUCGCGCCCGACACCUUCGUCAACAACGUGGACCUCCAGUCACUGUACCUCAGCCACAACCAGCUGCUGGAGCUGGUGCCGCAGACCUUCAGCUACACGCCCUCCAUCAGGUUCAUUGACCUGGCCGACAACCACCUGCACUCCAUCGGUGACGGCCUCUUUGCCAACCUGCCGGAGCUGCAGGAGCUUUUCCUCUACAACAACAACCUCCUCAAGCUACAGAACAACACCUUCGCCAACUCCACCAAGCUCUCCGUCCUUUACCUUCAGAAUAACGAGAUUCACACCGUGGAGGGCGGCGCCUUCGCCACCACGGAGUUGCUCUUCAACCUCCAGCUCAGCUCCAACAACCUGCAGCGGCUGCCGGCGGGGCUGUUCUCCGCCACGCGCAGCCUCAACUCCCUCAGCCUCGACGACAACAAGCUCACCGACCUGCCGGAGGGGCUGUUCCAGCACCUCGCGGAGCUGCGGGAGCUGCGGCUGCAGGACAACAGGCUGGGAUCCGUGUCCCGCGGGGUGUUCUCGCCGCUGCCCAACCUGCUGGAGCUGCACCUCCAGAACAACCUGAUCGAGCACAUCGCCAAGGAGGCCUUCUACUCCCUGGAGAACCUGCAGCACCUCAACCUGGAGAACAACCUGGUGGCGGAGCUGCCGGACGCCCUCAGCCGCUACCCCGCCAACCUGAUCACGCUCAAGCUGUCCAGGAACGAGAUUAACAACAUCCACGCCGACGCCUUCCGCGGCCAGAACAAGAUGGAGAUCUUCUGGCUCAACGACAACAACAUGACCACCAUCUACAACGUGCUCUUCAGCGACCUGGCGUCCCUGCAGGAGCUGUACCUCGAGAACAACCAGAUCGACAACAUCCAGGACCGCAGCUUCAAGAACAUGAAGAAGCUGAAGCGCCUCUGCCUGUCCGGCAACAGGUUGCAGCACGUCAGCUCGCCGCUGUUCGAGGGUCUGCGCGCCCUGGAGCGGCUGCAGCUGUCACACAACCGCAUCAUGGACGUGGAGCCGCAGACCUUCCAGAAGCUGAAGCGGCUGGUAGAGCUGGACCUGUCCUACAACGAGAUCUUCGUGGUGCGCCGCUACAUGUUCGAGGGCACCAUCCCCCUGGCGCGCCUGCUGCUGCGCGGCUCCAUGAUCACCGACAUCGACCCGGACUCCUUCACGGACCUGCUCUACCUCGAGGAGCUGGACCUGAGCAGCAACAGACUCAAGCAUCUCAACAGGUUCUUCCUCAACGUGCGCAGCAUCAAGAAGCUGAGUCUCGCCGACAACCUGCUGGAGAACAUCGAGGAGGACGCACUGUACGGCCUGCCCUACCUGGAGUGGCUUGACCUGAGCGGCUGCGGCCUGCCCCGCCUGCCACCACACCUACUGGCCGAGGCCUCGGAGCUGCGCGUUCUCAAGCUGGCCAGGAACCACUUCAAGGGCUUGACGGCGGCGCUCUUCCAGAAGAUGAAGGGCCUGAGGGAGGUGGACCUGUCCUACAAUAACCUCACCAGCCGGGUCCUCACAUCGCUGCAGGGGCUCACCAAGCUGGAGGUCCUCAACCUCAACGGCAACCCGCUGGAGGAGCUGACGGGGUCGCUGAGCGACCUGGACGGCCUGCGGGAGGUGCAGCUGGCGGACACGCGGCUGUGGCGGAUGGCCAACACGGUGUUCGUACGGCUCAAGCACCUGCGACGCCUCGACCUGUCCGCCAACCAGCUGCGGACGCUGCCGCCGGGCAUCUUCGCCAACCUGAGCCUGGAGCAGCUCAGCCUCGCCGACAACGCCUUCACGCAGAUCCCCAACGCCAUGUUCCUGGACGGCAUGCCGGCGCUGCAGCAGCUCAACAUGUCCAGCAACCCGCUGCGGCGCGUGACGGGGCCCCUGGUGGCGGGCGGGCCGCCCCUGGCCGUGCUGGAGGAGUUGGAGGCCGAACGCACAAACCUGACGCUGCUGACGAGCCACGACCUGCUGCUGACGCCCAACCUUCGCUCCCUCAGCCUCGCUCACGCUGCCAUCGCCAAGAUCUCUCCCGGCUGCUUCAGGAACCUCACCUACCUCACGCACCUCAGCCUCGCCUACAACCACCUCGAGGUGCUGCCCCGCGAGCGGCUCCGUGGCCUCAAGUCCCUGGCGCACCUCAACCUCACCGGCAACAUCCUCAAGAAGCUGGACCAGCUGCCCUCAGGCUCCCAGGCCCUCAAGGUACUAGACGUCUCGGCCAACAUGCUGACGGAACUGGACGAGGACACCUUUAAGCACGGAGGCGGCAUUGAGAGACUUAUCCUAACCUCGAACUGGCUCGCGAACAUCCACCCUCGCGCCCUCACACCCCUGACAAGCCUCCAGCACCUCGACCUCUCCGAUAACUACCUGGAGAGACUCAUGCCGGCGGUGCUGCGGCCGGUGGAGAGGAACCUUAUGUCCCUGAGUCUUGGCGCCAACCCGUGGAACUGUGGCUGCGAGGUGCGAGAGCUGUGGACGUGGCUACAAGAUCACCUGUCCCGUGUGCCUGACCCUUCUGCCCUCACCUGCGCCCAGCCAAAGUCCCUCACCGGGCGGCCCUUCCUGCUGGAGUCGGCGUCGGCGUUCUGCCCCCAGCCCGUGGUGCUGCGCCUCGCCAUCCAGGACAUCCAGAGCCAGUCGCUGCUCGUGUCCUGGCAGGCGACCAACUCCUCGGCGGUCUACGGCUUCAAGGUGUCAUUUCAGCAGACGGCGGGGGACGGGCGGGUGCUGGGGGGGCUGAAGACCAAGAUGCUGCCCCCCACACCGCGCACACACCAGCUGGAGGGGCUACAGCCGGGCGCCUCCUACCUGGUGUGCGUGCAGGGGCUGACCAAGGCGCAGCGUCCCGUGAGCCGCGCCCGCCCACACACCUACCUGGACGCGCCCCCGCAGCCCUCACAGCCACAGGAUCUUGAGACGAAGUGCACGCGGGUUCGAACGUUGGAGCAGCCGCAAGCCCACGUCGUUCUCAACAACCGCUUGGCCAUCAUCAUCGGAGUGUCCCUGGGCAUCUUCAUCUUCGUCACCACCGGCACCAUCGUCUGUUGCUGCCAAAUCUGCAAGAACAGGAGGGAGCAGGAUAAGCCCGAACCGCCCCCUUCCAAGGACUUCCUCUCCUACCGACACUUCUCCCUCCCUGGCAACGAUGCGAACUCCUACGAAGGAUAUACGGCGUGUUAGUGCUGGCUGGAGGGAUGGUAGGAUAUGCGGGAUGGUGGAAAAGGAGGGUUGGAAGGAUGCGUGGAUUUUGAUGGUAAGGAUGAAGAGGAUGAGAGAGGGAGAUGGUGAUUGUGUUUUGUUUUUGUGUGUGUGUGUGUAAGAAGGAAGGAGAGAAGGAACGAAGGAAGGAAGGAAAGGAAAGGAAAGGAAAAAAAGGAGUGUAAUGGUGUGAAGAAAAGUGAAAGAAGAAAGGAUGGAGUAGAGAGAAAAGGAGGAAGGAAGAAAGAAAGAAAAAGAAACUGAAAUUGUGAAGCAGAAAGGAAAGAGAUUGAAGGAAAGACAAACGAAUCAAGAGGAAAAUUAUGUGUGUUGUGGAUGUGAUUGAGGAAAAGAAGGAGAGAAAGAAAGAAGAGAGGAAGAAGAAAAAGAAACGGCCGAAAAGAAGUUGAUGGAUUAAGGAAGAAAAGAAAAAAAAGAAAUAAGGAAAACAAAAAUGGAUGAGCAGAAAGAAUUGAUGGAUGAAGGAAGAAAAAUAGAAAAAGAAAGAAAAGGAAGAAAGGAAGGAAGGAAGGAAGGAAAGAAAAAAGGAAGAAAGGAAGGGAGAAAGAAAGAAAAAGAAAAGGGGAAAGGAAAGAAAAGAGGAAGAAGGAGAAAGAAGGGAAGAAGGAAAAAAGGAAGAAAAAGAAAGAAAGGAAGGAAGACAGGAAGGAUGAAAGAGAGUGUCGCAGUGUCCUAUCUCUCUCCUGAGUCCUACGAAGGAUAUUCCAGCGUUUCAAGGAUCUGGGCGGAGUGAAGGAGUUUUAGGAGCGAGAUGGGAGUGAAGGGACCCCCACCCCCCUUCUCUCUCUCUCUCUCUCUCUCUCUCUCUCUCUCUCUCUCUCUCUCUCUCUCUCAUCUGGCAGGGCUGCGGAGUGAAUGACGAUGAGGAGGAGGACGAAUAGGAGGAGGAAGAGGAGGAGGAGGAGGAGGAGGAGGAGGAGGAAGAGAUGACUAUGGUACAUCUCUCUUCCUUCAUUGUUUUCUCCUUUCCUCCUUCCUCCUUUCCUCCUCCUCUUCUCAGGCUUGAUGAAGGAGGAGGAGGAGGAGGAAAAAGAGACAGGUGUGAAGAAGAUAAUCAGUUUCACCUUUAAAUUUACCUUACCUUACCUUACCUUACUUUAUCUUACUUUACCUUACCUUACCUUACCUUACCUUACCUUACCUGUGAUGAUAAUGGUGGUGGUGGUGGUGGUGAUGGUGGUAGUGAAGAUGAUGAUGAUGACGAUGAUGAUGAUGAUGUUAUUUUGUCAAAGAAAGAAAGAAAAAGGAGGGAAAGGAAAGGAAAGAAAUAAGAAAGAAAGAAAAAGGACACAAACCACAUACCGCCACCAGACUUAACCAGACAAACAAACAAACAAUGACGAGCAAACAAAACAAAACGGAAAGUAAACAAAAGAUGGAAGAAACACAAAAGAACCGAGGAAAUGAGGAAAGAUGAUAAAAUGAUGAAAAAAAAAAUGUGGAGGAAGAAAAAACAGCAGGAAAAAGGAAGGAGGAGAAAGAGAUAGAUAAAGAACAUGAAAAAAAACGAUAAAAAUGAAAAUAAAAAAGAAAAAAAAUAGAAAAAAAUGUGAGAUAAAUAAUGAACGAGGAAGAAAAAUAUAAAGCUGGCAAACAAUGAGGAAGAAAAGGAGAACUUGAACAUAAACUAUAAGAAAAGAAAGCAUAAAACUACCUACCUCUAAUGAGACUUAUCAAUCAAACAGGUAAAGAGUUAUUCAGGUAAACGGUGUAGAAAAAAAAACAUAGAUAUUCCUGUCACGAGGCGGAAGGGAAAAAAGAAAGAAAAUAAGUGAAAAUUAGAGAACGUUAUAGAUAAAUGAUAGACUAAAGUGAUUUGAGAGUGACGGAGAGACAGGAGGUAAACUUUUGAUUAAUGAAAAAAAUAAAGGAAAAUAAGUGUUUGGGACGUUUUAAUUGUGUGUGUAGUUCGUGAAUCUUUUUUUUUUUCUCCUUUGUGUGUGUUUGAGACUAUCGAAGAAGAGGAAUAAAAAGAAAAAUAUUAAGGAAAAGAAAAGGAAAAAAGAAGGAAAAAUAAAAGAAGAAACUAAGAAAGCAAAAAAGGAGAAAAAUGAAAAAUAUAAGGAAAGAAGGAAAAAUAUGAAAGGAGGUAAAGAAGACUGAAGAAAAAACAAGAAGAAAAACAAAUUACACGAAGAAAAAUAACAACGAGGAAGAGGAAUAAAUAGGAAUAAGGGAGAAAGGAUAAUUUUUUUUUUUUAGUAAACGAAAUACUAUGAAAUAAAAUCUAAAAAAACUCGAGAAAUGUUCCUUGUAUAAUUUUUCUGAUGAGUGUUUACUUAAUGUGUGUGUGUGUGUGUGUGUGUGUGUGUGUGUGUGUGUGUGUGUGUGUGUGUGUGUGUGUGUGUGUGUGCAUUAAUUACGUCAUUCGAUACUAAAGGAGAUAGGUGGACGGUGUGUGUGCGUACGUGUGUGUGUGUGUGUGUGUGUGUGUGUGUGUGUGUGUGUGUGUGUGUGACCCCUCCCACUCCCCUUCCUCACUAUCUUCCUUCCCUUCUCUUCAUCUCUCUCUUUAUUAUCCGCAUCUCUUCUCUCCUUCAUCACCUUUCCCUUCCUCUAUUUUCUCUGCCCCUUCUUUCCUCUUCCAUCUUCUCCUCUCAACUCAUUUCCUCCCUUCAUCUUCCCUCUCUCCCUUCUACAUCUCUUCACCUCUUCCUUCACCUUCUCCUCCCCUCAACAUGUUCCUCCAAUUUCUUCCCUUCCUCCUCCUCCUCUUCCUCCUCCUCCUCCUCCUCUUCCUCCUCCUCCUCCUCCUCACGCUUCUGGACUGCAAAUAAACCAAAAAACUUCAAACAACUUUCUAGAUUUAAAGAAAAAGAGAAAUCAGGGAAUCUGUGUGUGUGUGUGUGUGUGUGUGUGUGUGUGUGUGUGUGUGUGUGUGUGUGUGUGUGCGCGUGUGUGUACGUGUAUGUAGAUUUACUUAUACCUUAAUAAAAUAAUCUCUUAAUGGCGUGUGUGUGUGUGUGUGUGAGAGAGGAAGGCAGCGAUUAACGAUACAUAUUGAGACUGUCCGAUGAAUAAUGGAACAAGGGCGUCAACAACAACAGUAUUACCGAAUGUCAUCGCUCAGACUCGCUUAAUAUCGCUCAUAACCAAAGCAGGAAUCACACGGGAAAGGAUUUUGAACGUGUGUGUGUGUGUGUGUGUGUGUGUGUGUGUGUGUGUGUGUGUGUACUUUAUUAUGUGUACUGACGUGUACGUAUUUUAUAGGUGGAGAGGGAUGGUGGAAUGACCCUCCCUCCACCUCCUCCCCUCCCUCCUUCCUUCCGUCCCUCCUUUCCUCCCUCCCUCCUUUCCUUCCGUCCCUCCAUCCUUCCCUCCUUCCAAAAAACACGUAGCCUCUAAGAUUCCUCCAUUCUUCUCUUCCUCCUUCCCUCCAUCCUUCCAUUUUCUUCCUUCUUCUUUCUUUUCAUCCUUUUUUUCUUCUCCUAUUUUCCUCUUCUCCAUUAUUUUCUCCUCUCCUCCAUUAUUCUCUCUUCUCCUCCUCCAUUUCUUCCUCCGGCUUUCAACUUUCUCUCUGUCCUUUUCUCCCCUUUCAAUUUAUUUUCGGUGUUUCCUUUUAUUCUUGCAAAUUCUCUCUCUCUCCCUCUCUCUCUCUCUCUCUCUCUCUCUCUCUCUCUCUCUCUCUCUCUC